AGGAGCGUGUAGCGAACGUCUUGACGUACAGUGAGCAUCUCGGUUUUGUUGUGCAAUAAUCUAACUGUCGUAGCAGUGUCCGCCACGAAGACCAUGACGUCUCCAAACGAAGUCGAGAAGGGGGAAGCAUCCGAGUCUGAACCACUGGUCGAAACUUCCGCUGAAAAGCAAGAACCUCUGAGGGCAGCCCCUAUCCGUGCUUUCCAUGCAGGAAUCCAUUUUGUCUUCCUGCUGUUCGGCAAAGAGUACGGAUGGGCUGGGUUUUGCUACCUCGUCAUCGGAACGACAUGCUCUGUCGCUACAUCAGUGCAUGUUAACUGGCUCGCUGGCUGUGCUAUGAUGAUGCUUUUCUUUGCCACCUGCUUUUGCUUCGCCGGGUACCAAGCUGUGAGCGGCAAGUACGAGCUCGCAAGGCCUCUCAUGUUGGCAGCCAUGAUGAUGUUCCUCUCCUGUAUUCUUGGCGGUCACUUCUUCGUUGUCUGGUCGAAGUCGGCUGGCAAGGAUGUUAUCAAGGGCGCGUCCUUGGCGGACCUGCCGAAGGUAGCCAAGAACUAUGAGGAGAACACAGUCUUCUACCUCAAGGAUGGGUCGGUCGGCACUGAUUACAUCGGAGAGUUCAAGUACUGCAAGGACAAGCUCCCUGUCGUCGGUACUUGCGUGUAUGACUACUACUGCACUGCUCCUCUCCUCGACACUACCUAUGAGAAGGGAGUCGUUGCUUACGCGUGGGUUGCGACCAUGUCGCAUGUUUCCUGCUCGGACCCCACGUUCGAGAAGAACGUAGUGCAGGCGAGCUGGAGCAAGAACUUCAGAGCAGGAUUGGGCGUGAGGAGGACUCAUCACUACACCAAGUCCAUCGAGGAGGCUUCCAAGAAGUUCUCGAUCAAGACUGCAUCAAAUGCUCCCAUCAUCAAGUGGAUGGCGGAUCCUACACUGGACGAGAAGAGCGCAUGGCAUACAGGAUGGCUUGUUGAGUUUGUCGUGUUCACGCUCUACCUCUUUGUCAUGUUGAUCUACAGCUACUGCAUGGGAUUCACGGAAGACGCCCUCCCCCAGGCUCGUAAGAUCAUGGACCCAUAUGCUCCCCAGAAGCCAUCGAGGAGGAAAAAGGUCGAGUCAUGAUUGGCUCACCCCUGAUGUCUUACUAGUCGUUGUCAAUAUUGUUCUUGCGGAGAUUUUGCUUCGUCUUCUGGUCACCAACAUUUCUUGCCUGUUUCAUCCCUGUUGAUGUAGCAUCCUGGUUGAGAAUGUGUCCGGCGGUUGGCGGUUCUUGCGAAUCAAAGUUUUUGAUGAAGGGAGUGUGCUAGAGAUGGAAGGGCUCACGCAAACCAAUUUCUUAGAGAUAUUUAUACUUGAAUGAAAACCUGUUCUUCGC